GCAAAACGAGCCAACAUGAACUUCUUGCUCUUGAUUUUAACGUGGACGGUGGGAUCGCUGGCGUAUCCGAUGGAAGCUGCAAAUGGGACGGAAGAGGAAGUGGCCGACGAACUCGGAUGGUACAAGCCGAUCGCUGUCAUCCUGAAACCGGCCACCGAACGAGAUCUGCAGGAACGACUUCUCCAAGCAGAAGAAGAAGAAGAUCAAUACCCGUUCCAUGCGUACAAUCAAUUUCGUCCGCCUCCUCCGUCAUGGCUGCCCGUUCCAGAGUAUCCACCGUACGAUCCGUGGGCUGAUGUACAUCAGGGCAAACAUUUCGGCGGGGAAGACAGGCUCAGCGACGUGUACCAGAAAUUCAAAUUGCCCAACCACGUUCAGGGGAAUUUGCUAUCGCUGGCCCGGAUGGGACUAGUUGCCAUUCCGACAAGAGAAAUCGGCCUUAAAAAUCGGGGGAUUGUUGAAGAAGAGCAAGGUGAGACAUUUCCCAAGUACAUUGAUUAUGUACAAGCUCGCACACCUGAUCAUACUUCGGAUAACAAGCCAUUCGUGGCUUAUCCUAAUCAAAAACCAGGGAAAAAGGAGAAAGGAGCAGUUACCUUAUUGUACGAUCUUGUCGGUCCUCCCGGCCCACCGGGUCCUGUCGGUCCUGCAGGCAAAGAUGGUACCAACGGGAUCAAUGGAAUCAACGGAGCUGAUGGCAAAGAUGGUACGGAUGGAGCGCAGGGACCUAUUGGUCCUACAGGACCACAUGGACAUGCCGGCCAGGCAGGAGCGCAGGGUGCUACCGGUGCCCAAGGCAGUCCAGGUGUUCCCGGACCGCCAGGUGUACAGGGCGUUCAAGGAAUUCAAGGACCUACGGGACCGCAAGGCAUCCAAGGACAAAAAGGCGAUGAUGGGAAAGAUGGCAGAGACGGAACCAAUGGAAUCAACGGCAAAGAUGGAACUCCUGGAACUGUUGGAGCAACAGGACCACCCGGAACACCCGGACAAAACGGCCAGGACGGCAAAGACGGAGUAGCCGGACCACCAGGGCCGACAGGCCAACCAGGUGUCGCUGGACAAAACGGAAAGGACGGAGUCGAUGGUAAAGACGGUCAGGACGGAACACCGGGAGCUGCCGGACCCCCAGGACCUCCCGGAAAGGACGGUCAAGACGGCACCCCAGGAACAUUCGGACAAGCAGGACAGGAUGGACAAGACGGGACGGGCGGUACCGCUGGGACAGUCGGGGCAGUUGGUCCCGCAGGUUCAACGGGAACCGCAGGUGCUGCUGGCGCUGCUGGUGCAGCCGGAACACCGGGAACGCCAGGAGUACCUGGAGUACCCGGAGCGCCGGCAGCCAAAUAAUCAAGACAAUUAACA